GUAGAACUCUCGGCCCUGAACCGGAUAUUACCGCGGAGCUGAGGUCAGAAGUUCUCUCUCACAGCCAUCUUGGAUAUAGCAUCCCUAGUCGCAACCAUGCCUGGUGAAGCCACAGAAACGGUCCCAGUCACUGAGCAGGAGCUGCAGCAGCCUCAAGUGGAGACCGCUGAAGGAGUAUUGGAUUCCUCGGCUCCCCCAGAGAUGGCCAUUCCUGUGAGCAAAACAAUUCCACUGGAGAAUCCUCCAGAGACUUCUGAUCCUGCUCAAGCGAUAGUCUCCCCAGAAGAAGCUAGCAUUCAGACCAGCGAUGAUAAAGCAAAUGGUGUAACUGCGACUCAAGAAAUAACCGAGCAAACUGAAGAGACUGUGUUGGUGGCCACACCUGUCACCCAGGAGGAGGCGACUGUUGAACCAGCAGGGGCUUCAGCUGACAUGCCAGUUCCAGAAGAAUCUAUGCCUGCUGUCGAAGCGCCCAUUGUUUCCUCUGAAGAGCCUACAGCCCUUGAAGAAGCAGCUCCAGCAGAAGAGGCAGCUCCAGCAGAAGAGGCUCAAAGUCAGGAGUGUGCUGUUGCUGCUGAAGAUACUGCCAUCGAGGAGGAGGUUGAGAAGAUUUCUGUUGACGCAAAGACCACUGAAGAGGAGCCCAGUGCAGUGGCAGAAGACAUUCCUGAUGAACCAAAACCAUCUGCUACUGAAGAUGUUGUUGCAAGUAGUGAAGAUGCUCCACAGACUGAGGUGAAAAACUUGAGGAAUCUUUGCCUGGACGCAGCUGAAGAUGAAGUAUCGCCUGGUGAUGUGAAUGUCGGCGUGCCUACCAUAAAUGAAGAUCUGGACAAACAAGAUGCUAUAACUCUUCUCACCAAGGCCAUUCAGUCAAAUCAGCCCUCCAAAUGUGACCACAUCCCAUCUCUUUCCACUCGCCACCCGUCAGGAUCCGGUACAGAGUCUGACAGCGAUGACUCAGUCCCUGAUCUGGAGGAACAGGACUCUGCACAGACACAGACACAGCAGGCUCAGCUUGCAGCAGCAGCUGAAAUAGACGAGGAACCUGUCAGCAAAGCCAAACAGAGCCGUAGUGAAAAGAAAGCACGAAAGGCAAUGUCCAAGCUUGGUCUUAGACAGGUAACGGGGGUCACCAGGGUCACUAUUCGCAAGUCAAAGAACAUCUUGUUCGUCAUCACCAAACCAGACGUUUACAAGAGCCCUGCAUCAGACACAUACAUCGUCUUCGGUGAAGCUAAGAUCGAAGAUCUUUCCCAGCAGGCCCAGCUGGCUGCCGCAGAAAAGUUCAAGGUACAGGGAGAAGCCGUAUCAAACAUCCAGGAAAACACACAGACGCCAACAGUACAGGAGGAGAGCGAAGAAGAAGAGGUGGAUGAGACCGGGGUGGAGGUCAAAGACAUCGAACUCGUUAUGUCACAAGCCAACGUGUCGCGAGCGAAGGCUGUACGCGCUCUGAAAAACAACAACAACGACAUCGUCAAUGCUAUUAUGGAGUUGACAAUGUAAUGGGACCCUGGCACGAAAGGGUUAAAGAAAGGUUGCUGAUUUGAGCUCGUUUAUACAAUUUAUACCCAAGAUGGAAAUAAAGUUGUGGCUUGAUAAAAUGUAA